GUCAAAGUGUCUCUGUAUUUCAGUGGCUCAGGGGCAGACAGCAGAAAAUUAGCGGUCGGCAGUGUGGAAGAGAACGUCGCAGUCGAGCCGACGAAUGACCCUACGGUUGAGCUCUCCAAGCUAGACGAAAUGCUCAACAGAAUAGUACUACCCACAGUACCGACAAAGGAAGUGCCCACUGAAAUGGAUCAGGCCAGAUGCAGUUUGGACAGUUUGCUCAGAAUCGUUACAGACGGAGAUUCGCAUACUGACGAAAAGGCUGGAAAACGGGAGCAGGGCGAUAUGCUGGCAGAUGCGUGUCCGGCAACGGGAGAGAGCACCGUGCUGCGAGGGGACAUCGGAGAAGGACUCACGUCGACACAUGUACUCGGCCACGUGGUCGGAUCUGAGGAGGAGGAUGACAGAGUUGCGGAGCUCGAAGUGCGUCCUGCCGAACCUGUCGAAGUUGAACAGAAUCGUACUCGUUUAGGAGACAAUGACGAAGACGAAAAAACUGCUCUCAGUGGGCUGCUCCUUUCGUUGGCAUCACCUGAGAAAUUCUCAGAAUUUCGUGUCGAUGCUGUGGAGAGGAGGCACCGUCACCGCCACCACCACCGGGAGAAAAAAAGUGGCAAGGAGUCAAAAGAUGACAGGGUAGAAAAUGUGUCGGAAGUAGAGGACUCCGACAGGUUACAAGCAGAGAUAUUACAGAGGUUGACCAGUGCUAGAAACCAUCACAGGAGUGGCAAAAAGAACCACCACAAGCACGACAAAUACAGAACACAACACGAGGCUCGAGAGUGGUCAGUUCCCGCAAAGCCGGAUCACUCGGAAAGUCAGUGUACUCCCGAGUCUGAUAAAAGAAACGACUUCCACAUUCCCAAAAUCAAAUCCUAUAGGAGUAAUCACGGACCGAGCACACCACCUGGGGAACCUUCCUGUGAAGCGUUUAGUCCGGUACAGUCAGAGUUUGAUGCUCCUAGGGCUGAAGGACCACGGGAGGCACUCGGUGACACUAAGGAUGCCGAGACUGAAAACAGUCCUACUGCAUUUGCACCGUCCACCCCCGAAUUGCCGAAUAGGGGAAACAAGAAGACUAUUCCCAUUCCGAGGAAGAAGGAAAACCGUAAACACCACUCGGAGUCACCCACAGACGAAGUACUCUCAGAUUCUUGUAGUAAAUACGAUAUAGUUAAUCCUAGAUUGAAAGAACACAGGGCAGACGAGGGGGACACCUUUCUGGAAGAGUACGUGUACAAAUCGUCUACCAGGAUGCACAGCCUCAGUUCCUUCGGCAGAGGAGAUCUGUUCAACCAGUCGAGGAAAGAAUACCGGAGGGAACACGGGAAGGCCCCGAGAGACGAAGGUACGCCUUUGGCAGAAGAUGUGGGAGCUUCGGUCACUUGCAGCACCAGACAGGAAAAUGGAAAAGGCCAGAGAAGAAGUCCCGUACAAAAUUAUCGACACGAAACUGUCCACCCGUUGCAACUUCUUUUGGAUGCUGCUAGUAGGGCUGACGAAAAUGGCUUUCUCAGUUCUUGUGACAGAAUCUCCGGCACAGACCCAAAUUCUCCGAGUUACCUGGACACUAAUUUGGACAAGAGGAAGUGCCAGGAUGGCGAUUUUACUAGUUCGGAGAUCGAUUCGAUCGGCACGAGCGGUAACCUCGGGACUGUGAGAAACCCCGACAGCCCUGUACGUGUUGAUGUAUACUCCACAGAGCAGCAGAAAAAAUCUUACAGUGACGCUCUGGGCUUCCCGUCGAGAGUCAACGGACGGAGAGAUACUCACAAGCAUUCAAAGAAAUCGCACAGAAAAGACAGGCUGAAGGACCACACGUCGAAAGUUGUAGACGGUAUCAGAAAUAAAUUUGACAAAAAAGAGAGUCGCCGUGAGGAAAACAGUGUACGCAUCUCUGCAAAGUACGGCCCUUCGACUGAUAUCGUAAGCGCAAUUUCGAGAUCCACAGUUAAUCGUCUCGACGAUCGAGUGGCAGGUGACGUCGAAGGUUUAAAUCACAAAUUUUCUCCGCGGUACGAGUUCCGAGACGACGAUUCUGUCAGGCAAACUAAAAAAGAAUUUGACACCACCUUUCCGUGUAGUAUUCCAGCAGAUACAUCCAGAACCCAAGUUGGAAAGAAUUACCAGAAUCUCGAUAUGCAGUCAAAGGGUGCAGCUCGAGAAUAUCCGAACGGAGAUAACGACGUAUCGUCGGUUCCCGACGAGGUACGGAGUCCACCACGGAAACGCCACCGUGACGAAACUCAGACGGCAGUCAGCAAGAAGCACUCCGUAUGCGAUGAUAAAUCCGAAUACGUGUCUCGUGAGCGUGUGGAAGUGCCAGAGGCUCACGGGGCAUCUAAAAGAUCCCACCGGGUCGAGAAGAGUUUCAGAGAGCACCACCGGCAUCACAAAAAACACAAGUGUGCUGCAGAACGAGGAACCCACAAUCAGAGCCCGACUUCACUGAAAGGUCACAGGAGGGAACACCACAAACACCACCGGCACCGCCACCGCCACCACCACCGCCACCACAGGAAAGAGGGAGAGACGGUCGAGCCGAACAGUGUGGUAGCUAACAGUGCCGAAUCUGAAGACCCGUCAAAUAAAUACGACAAACGGCAGGAAGUAGAUACCACUGUCGAAGAAAUAGGUACGGUACAAUCCGAAGAGCGAGUGGAACAGAUCGAUGUAGGUGGAGCACCUACGGAAAAGUGUGACCGGCAAGUGACGGUAGACACUAUUUUGUCAGACAGUGGAGUCGUGUCCAUCCCCGUCGAGAUACUAGUCUCGGGUGACGACGCCGACAGUAGCCCGAGGCGCCACGAAGAAAAACGUGUCCGCGAAGAACUAGAGGACAUGUUGCAGGUUCUGGAAGGUAGUGCCCGUAAAGGAGACCGCCGAGAAACUGCCGAAGCUGUAACUUCGGAGCAGGUUGCGGGGUUCGGUGGAGAGUUCGGAAUAUUUCCCCUCGGAGACUCGGCGGGUCAGCAGGAUGUUACGGGAUCGGGAGAACCCGUCGGGAUCGGUGCCGGUCUGGCGUUAGCCUCGCCUCCGCCACCGUUGCUACAGCGACAGCUACAGCAGACUUCCAGUGCCGGCGAGCUGACGGAGGACGAGAUCAUCGAAAUCCUCUCUGAAGUGGAAGGGAACAAUACGGUAAGGGAACCGUCACCACUGGUCACUCCGAAGAAAGACUUCCCCAGGAAGCAGCUGUCGGAGAUCGAGCAGGUACGGCCGUCAGUCGAGCCGCGAGUGCCGCCAGAGGUCCUGUCGGAUGCCGAAGACGAUCUCCCACUGUCACUGUCGGUGUGCCUCGGCAGCUUACCGCAGACGACUCCUGCUGUGGACGGAGACGUCCCCGUCGCCCGUUUCGGACCGGCCACUCCGACAGGCCCCCCCGUGCUACAGCCGUGCACUGUAGACGGACUGAACGGUGAACAGGUGUUGCCUCUGCUGCCUGCAGAACCGGCACCGACACCGCCUCGGCCUGACGUUAGAGGAGAAGACUGCAAUUUAGACGAGAAACUGGGUCCACCGACACUGGAUUUGAUAGCUGCACCUCGUUCCGAGGAGGUGGUGCCUGUUAAAGAGGAGGAACCUUUCAGUGAAAUACCCGUGUUGUCUCCGGCACCGGCUGUGACAGAGAAGGAAAUACUGGAUAUCGACAGGAAGAAUAAACACGAGAAGAGAUCGAGGCGACACUCGGAGUGUGGCGAAAAGCAGAAGCACGUCGUGCCACCCAUCUCGAUAAAGAUUACGUUACCGAUCGCCGAUAUUGCCGAUCCCCCCGCCGGUGCAGUUAAAUCGCAGAAGAAAAAGGAACGUAAAAAGCACAAGAAGAAGGAAAACGUGCUUCAAAAUUUUGCUUUGGAUAAUGCUACCUGUGUUUGCGAAAUGCCUGAGGUGGUUGAAGAGUCUGGUGAAUUAAUUCAGAAGGUCGAGGUGACAGAAGACACUGUAGAGGAGAUGCCACCCGUACGCCUACCGGAGGUGCUAGACGUGGCGUGCACCGACUCUCGAGUCCUCGGUAGUGACGAACGUUUCGAUCGGAGCGGAGAGACCGUGUGUGAUUUGACUGCAGCAGCAGGGGAAGGAGAAACUGUCGCAGAGACGGCACGUGUCGAACCCCGAUCGGAACCGGAUGCAGAGACAGAUCGCCAGGAGACUACAAAGUCUCCUAAGAAGAAGCAGUCCAAGAGCCCCCAGAAGCGCAGGAAAGACGCGCGUGCCGCACAGAACACGGAAGAUGCGGACGAGGCUCUGGCACGCACCAUAUCUGCCCCUAGGCCUCGCCGACUGGCGAAAGAGGUCGCUUUGAAGGAAGUGCGCAACCACUUCCUGAUAGACGGACAAUUGGAAGCUCUAAUAGGAGCCAAUGUUGAGGACGAGUUGUCGUUGCUUGCCGUCGACAGUGCACUUUUUGGAGUUACCGACCGACCUGAACCGUCUGGGGACAAGAACAAGCAGGAUAAGACCGGUUCCGGGCAAGGGGAUGCAGAAGCCGGCGCACCUGCGAAAGCCGUACGUCCCGCCGUCGCUCCGACUGAGAGUGUCGCAGCCGACAGGCGCAAUCCCACAGCUACCCGCACUGUGUCGUCGUCGGUCACCGAUCAGCGCGGGAGGAGGAAAGCCAGGGCUGACAUCUCGAAGACGAAUCGUGUUACCGAAGGUGAGGACACAAAAAGCAGUAACAGAGAAAUGGUCGGCCGAGAUGUCAAAUCGGAGAAGGCGACAGGCGAGUUGACGGGGGAUGAGAUAAGUGAGCUGCAAAAGGUGAUGGACAGAGCCGAAGAGCAGUUGCCUUCUACACCUUUGAAGCGAGCCUGCAGUUCUCCCGGAAAGAGCCCCGAACCGAAGAAGAAGGUGAGGAGAGUCAAGGCAAAAUCUGGAGUCGUGCCGAUCACUAAGUCGGAGAUUCUGCCGAGUGCACGAGAUGUAGUGCCUGCUGUGAAAACUGUCAAAGCAGAAACGCAGGCAGCAGUUCCGAAAGCAGACAAACCGAAGAUAUCUCUCGGAGACAAAAAGGUUGAGGAUAAUUGUGAGACAGAGUGCAAGGUGACACCGGAGGUGACGAACAAAGUGUACGUAUCCCCCAAAGGAUCUCCCACGUCCCCGACCCUCCCAAAAGUGCCGCAUACGGACGACAGGAGUUUCCGCUCGUUAACUGUGAGGGAGAAGCGAUCGACUCGCUGCAACCUGUCGUACGAGGAGAUGUACACGUCUUCCGACGUGACGAGCGAGACGGACAAUAGUCAGGAGCUCCCUGCGGAGGCGGGAGCCGGCCGUGUGGCGGGUGGCGGCCAGGCGGCGCUGCCGUUCCCGCCGAGGGCGAGCAGUGAUGACAGUGACGAGUCGGACGACAGCGACGGUGACGACAAGCAGAGGAAGCGGAAGGGAUCCAAGAAGAAGGUGACCGCACCGGAGGCUGGCACUUCUGUUUCAGGGGUGCCGAAGCGACGGAGCAGUACCGGAUCGUCGAAGUUCUACUGCGCGGCCUGCGACCGGCACUUCACGACGGCUUACAAUUUGGCAAAGCACGCCCGCUCGAACAGGCACGUCGCACGUGCCAUGGCGCGCCUGCCGAUGGUGGGUGUGGAGCAGAACCCGGGGCCGAGUGGAGGCGGGAAGCCGCAGACCGGGGCUACGUCCCCGCGUUCGGAGGCGGAGUCGGACGGGCGGCCGCAGGUCGCGGCGUCCGGAGUCGUAGUGGGAGGAGGAGCGGCGCGGCCGGCACCGACUGCGGAACGACCGCCCACGGCGGCGAAUGCCACGUCUGCAGACAGCUCACUCGCAGACGUCGCGGAGGAGUCCGAGGGGGAAAUCCUCCGCAACCAGGAAUCCGGAUGGGAGCGCCGCGUGUCGAUCCAUAUGAGCCUGUGCGAGAUCCUGCGAGCCAAGGGCGACGACGCCGUCAAGGACCCGGCCACGCCCCUCGCAGACUCCGCACCGGCGACGGAAAUCACGACCUCGGGCGCCGCCCGCGCGGACAGCGUGGCGAGCUCUGCGGACGACCCGCCGCUCAGCACCAGUGACGAUACCACUGCGUCUUUCAAGGUGCGCGAUGCGGAGGCGGUUCCUUCGGACACGGGAUCGGUGUGGCCAUCGCCCGCCACCACGACUGGGACCGGAGGCGGUGAGGACAGUCCGGCACCCCCGGCGGUGCCUCCCGUGACGCAGCCCACAGCGGCGGCGGCGGACGGCCCCGUUUCGUGGCACCCGCCGGACUGGCCGCAAGCCGUCGCCUGGGGCCAGAGGGGCUACGACUCCCCCGCGACGACAGUGCCGCCACCGGCGGGGCCGUGGCCGGACGCGGACUCCGCUCCGUGGGCGUCGGUGACUCCUCCGCUGCCGCACCAGCCGACGGAGCAGCAGGGCUGCUGGGAGAGGGGAGCAGAGGUGGCGUGGGGCGGAACUGCCGCCCGGGACGCGUGGGGGCGGCCGCUGCAGCCCGCCUGGGAGCGCGAGAGCGGCACCGGCCUCGACUCGUUCAUGGACUCCUUCAGCCAGUCGCUGCAGAUCCUGGGCAGCCGUAACGCGGACGACGCGGCGGGUGUCGGCGCAGACGCGGGCGCUGUGCCCCCGGACGCCUCCACUGUCGCACUGCCGUACCCCGUGGCCGACCCCGCGGGGUUGCGGGAGCUGCAGAACGCGAUGGGUGCCACGGACGAGGAGAUGGCCAUCCUGCAGCAGCUGGGUGGAGCGGGGCCCAUUUGGGUGCCCAUCAAGGCCGAGGCGUCAGCUUCAGUGUCCGCGCCCGAGGAAGAGUCUCUGCUUCAGGAAGAGGAGGAGGAGGCGGACAUCGUGGACCUGGACCAUCAACGGACCGCCCCGGAGGCUUCAGCUGCAGACGUCACCCGCAGAGGCGGCGACAGUGCGGCCGUGCCGGCGGGGCCGGGCGGCGAGGCACCGACGGGCAUCGAGAAGGCCGUCCCGGAGACUUCCGCCCGGCGCACUGGGGCCGGAGGUGCCGCGCCUGUGCCACCUGUCGUCGGCUCUGUCAAGGUUUUCCCCGAGCCACAGUAUCACCGAGCCGCCGUUCCCCUGUCGCAGAGGCAGUACGGAAUGCGGCCGGCGCGCGGGGCCGGCAGCAGUGUGGAGAACCUGCUGGCGGCAUACGAGGCGAAGGAGAUGGUGUGCCCGUCCUGCCACCGCUUCUUCCUGGGGGUGUCGGCCCUGCAGCAGCACGUGCGCGUGGCGCACGACGGCCGCGUCGGCCCGCCCCCUCUCAAAAAGUCGAGGGCGUCAGUAGCCGGGUCUUCGGUCUCUAAGCGCCCCGGCGGGUCCAUUGGCUGGCCGGUGACAUCCGGCACGGGAGUGGCGGGUGCCGGCAGCGGCUCGUCAGAGUCUGGCGCGGCUGCCGCUGCCUCGGCACUGGGCACGUCCGCCGACUCGCCGCGCAGGCUGGCCUGCCCACACUGCCGUGAGCUGCUGGCAGGGAAGGACGCAUUGGCUGCCCACGUCGCGGAGGAACACCCGGCCAGCAUGACGACGACCGGUUCCGCCGCGUCGACGACACCGCUGGGCUGCAGCGACGAGGCGGAAGGGCUGAAGACGCACAUCUCGACGGCUCUCGGCGGUCUGCUGGACCGAGCCCUCAACAACCUAUUGGAGAGAGGACUCAGCCCAGGUGCCUCUGCCCACCUCCCCAGCCUCAACCAGCCGACGCUGAGCCUGCUGCAGAAGCUGACGGCACGCCGCCCCGCGACGUCGUCCGCGUCCGGAUCGUCGACGACAACCGGCCGACCGGCCCCCGUAUACAACACGGAGCUGGCCAAGGAGAUGCGACGGCAGAUUUCUAAGCCGCGCCCCACGGGACUGGCGCUGCUGCGUGCGACCUCGAGUGCCGUCGGCAUGUCCGACUCGCACCCCUACGUCUGUUUCUAUUGCGAGAGCCGGUUCGAGCAGCAGAGCACUCGCAACAGACACAUGGUGCGCACGCACAAGAACGAGAUGAUCUGCUCCAAGUCGAAGCAGGCAGAGCCCGAGAACGAUCCGGAUGAUGCGUCUGGUGGUGAAGACUCUGACCACAGUUGGCGUGAACCGAGCCCCACCAACUGGACAUCCGAGACACCUGGCGGAGACAUGGGAGGUGAUGGUGAUUUCCUAUGUUCAGAUUGCGGCAUCAACUUCGGCACGCCACAGGAAGUACUGGCGCACCGCAAAGCGGAGCACAGCCGGCCCGAGCCCCCGCCGCAGGAGUCGUCGCCCGCACAGGGCAGGGGCCGUAACGGCCGCGGCAGGGGAGGUGGCGCGUCGGGCCGGGCCGCGCCCGUGUCGCCACCCGACGGGGAGACUAUAAAGCGGCAGGCGAUGGCGGCGCUGCGCGAACUGGGCGCGCAGAGCCGGCGGGGCGGGGGCCGCGGAGCCUCGCAGGCCAAGUGGGGCAUGCGGUUCCCACUGGCUCCGGCGUCUGGCACGGAGGGUGCCGUCAAGCUGGAGAAGGGGGCCGCCUUCAGCCUGCCACUGGUCCGCAAGGCGAGCGGCCCGGGCCCGAGAUUCGCUUCCCUGGAGAGGAAGCGCGGAAAGAAGGCGGGAGCUGGCAGCGGGGGUGACGAAGCGUCACCCGGUCCGUCGCCGGCGCGGCUCGACGUGUACGAGUUCGCCGACGAGGAGACGUUGGCCGAGCGACCGGAGCUGCAGAGGCGGCCGGCAGGGGGGGCCGCCGUUGCCACUCCGGACACCACCGUGGGUGCCGCUUCCACAGCCGAGCUGGCCGAGGAGAAGGAGAACGGUGCGAAAAGUGUCGAGCAGACCACUGCGUCUGAGCUCUCGAAAGAGGAGGCAGUUCCCCGGUCGGAGACGGCGGGAGGGGAUGCGGUCGAGGGUGACCGGCCCUCCACCGGGAGACCCCAGCGGCGCGAGAGGCGGCGCAAGUCGUGUGCAGACUUCCCUUCCGACCUCAGUGACGUACUGGACGAGUCCGACAGUGACGGCGAGCCCCGGGCCACUCCGGUCGCCCGCACCUCCGCCGCACCCAGGGGAGGUAGGCGGCCGAGGCGGGGAGCCGGUAGGGGGGGGGCCCGGGAGGGGCGGAGCCGGCUCUGCGAGACGGCGCGGGAGGGGGCGCGGAGGCGGCGGGGGGAGGAGGCCGGCACACACGGCUCUCGCUGUUACCGGAGCUGCCCCGCCCGCACCGGUCGCAGUCUCGGCGAGCAGCGACGACGACGAGGGCGACGGCCCGGCCCUCCCGCCGGCCAAGGUGCCGUGCAGAGCGACGACGCCCGACGACUCCAGCCAGAGCUCCUGCGACGUGAAAGGAGCGGCGGCCGGCCCCGUGGGUGCCGCGGCCAGGAGGCGCCGACGCCGUGCGAAGUCGGAUCUGCUCAUCUCGGUGUUCCGGGCCAAGGCCCGCCACGUGUCAGUUUCGGCAGCGGCCGGAGCCGACAGCUCGGAGGACGGCACUGCGUCCGGCGGUGUGGAGCCGCCUGUCUGAUAAGCGGCCACUGGGCGUAUACCUCCUGCAUCCUCUGUCAUAUCUACGGCAGUGUAAACUGGCUUCCCUGCUACGGCCCCAGUUGACGCCAGAUGCUGUCGACGUUGCUCUCGAGACACUUAGUGCUUCGAAGUGGUGACAUUUCUGUCAGAUGUUGAAACGCCGUAGUCCUUUCGUGAUAGUAUGAUAUUGUGUUACGGAUGGGGAGACACAAUAAGAGCAUGUACUAAAUUCUCUCCCGACCCUCAGUCUGUGUGUGACCGAGUAACAGUACAAUAACUUUUGACCAGGUCGCAUUGCGUCGGUGACACGGUAGACCUCGGCAGUACUUGCUGCUCGUAUAGUGCGGACGAUCGGGAUACCUACUGCAGAGACACACUCGAACCACUGCCAGUUUUUUUGUCGUAGUCAUCGUGUGCUCGUAAAUACUCUCGUAUCCCUUUUAGUAACUUUAUAGGUUCUCGACGGGACCUGUUCGUGAAUGGCAAAUUUCACGCCCCUCUAUUUCGUGUCAGUUUCAAGUAUGCCACUUCUUCUCUGUGCAUCUCUGCAACCGAAUUAAAUUAAUUUUUCCAAAAGGGUUAAUGUAACAGAAAUUACUGCAUCCGCUCCAAGUGUCCAUUCUAACUGACUGUAGAGGUAUGUGAAAUUUGUGUUCACUCGUGUGCCGUGCGACCUUAGCGCUUGUUACAUUUUAGUGUCAAUUUGUUAUGUUGUUCACAGUUGCUCAGGUUUAGUUGACGGUGACAGUUCAGUGCAGUUCAAGAAAUUUUGGACUUUUGGAGAGGUAUUUCAGAAGUGAAAAGUGAAAGAGUAGUGCAGAUACAGUGACUGGUUUUGUACCUUGUAUGUGGAAGAUGAGAGCAGAACGUGUGGACCUGCUAUCAAAACUGCCAAUAUAGUGCCUUUUUUUCCCGGCUUCAGGUGGAAGCAAUUUCGUGUACACAUUAUAAUAGCAGAAACUGGUAUUGCGAUCGAUUUAUUGCUCGUGAAGUGUGUCUGAAUGUGUAAUGUGUGUCUCUCUGUAUAUUCCACAAAUUGAAAAUGUCCAGUUACGUGAUCUCUUAGUUUUUUUAGGGUUGUGCGUUGUUUGCAUGUUGCAGGAUGGUUCUUUUGUUUCGUACCGUAUCGGUUUGUGUUCUAGUGUAUUGUUUCGGUAUUGUUAUAUUUUUUACUUUAUUCUGUUCCUUGCAUGUGUUUCUCUGGGCACUGAGACGUGUGCACAAUCUUUCCUACCUUGUCUCCAGUCGUUUACUACACGAUAUAUUGAAUUGCCUGAAAAAAUUUUGCACUGCCAUUCGACAGAAUAUAGUGAAACUGUAUGUCUCUGUGGCCAUUCUUAACAUGGAUAAAUUACAUGGGAGACCCGAGAGAGAUCGUGUGCUGCUCCGGUUUGCACUUUAGGUAAUCGACUCUGCCUCAAAUUUGUCCGCUGCACACGUCAGUCGCCCGGGGUCGCAGGAAGCCAGCGGUUUCCGUCCCUGCCUGCCAGAUUUUUCAUCUCGUGCAGUGACUUUGCAUCGGUACUAGAACAAUGUACGGCAGCGAGCUACGUGCCAGAGUACUCUGUUGCCAGCUGUUGAAAAAUUAUGUCGCGUGGCCCCUUUUACGUCGAGUCUGAUUAAUGUGGAAAGUGAAAUUGAUCCGAAUUGGUGGCACCACUUUCUGGCUGGGGGCGGAAUCUGCGGGGUUCUGGGGUGCUUUUUGUAGUCGUCCUUUGUGCUGAACAGCAUUCUCAAAUGAAGCCAAAUUCCUCUAUGUAAAAGAUGUCUAUAUGAUGUAUAUUUAGGUAUAUGUUAUAGAGUAAAAAGAUUUAGUACAAUUUAUACUAUUAUUCACUGAUGGAAUUUCAGUACAUUAUGUACAUAUAUAUAAAUACAUACAUAUAAAAGGAAAACAUAUAUAUAAUAUUGAAAAUUUGAAAUAAAUGACGGAGCCUAUAUAUAUACAUAUGUGUAAAUUAAUAAAGAGUGUUAGUGCAUCUUCCA